CCGGCUCACAUGGCCAUUUAACGCCAUGGUGGUCUGUAUGAAAACCCCACUAAUUGUGGCAGAUUGAGGCGCAUUCCCCAAAUGCGUGACUUGGGUUAUCUGGUUGCCCGCCAGAUGCAUCAAUCGUUGCACUUCAACCUCAGGAUGAGCUCGAAACUGCUAGGCACUCGGCAGUGAUACCAUACGCCAGCAUGAUGUUCCGUUUACACGUAGGCCGUCAGGCUCUUCCCCACCUUACGGUCCGAUCGCCUCACAUUGUCAGGCGUAGGCUCGGAGUACAUCAUUUCAGCACUCGCUAUGAAUCACAACAGCUACCACCCGUCCGGGUUCUCGGACCAGCCCUGUGGUGUAUCACUGCUGUAGGUACCAUCUACCUUGGGCUCGCAGCCUUGGAGGUCCGACGCGACGUUAAGAAUUUCACCAAAUAUGCUUGGAAAAGUUCUCCAGCAACAUAUGACGACCUUGCCGCUGCCACUCCUAGAAAAAGAGUGGAACCCAUACCUUCAUAUGGGUCGUUGCAUGGCACGCCGAUGGAAAUAUGGACUAGAACCCCCGAAACUGAGAGGUUUCUUUUUGGCAAUAUUGCCAUAAACUCGGCCAUUUUUAUUGCUUCUUCACUUCCAAGGUCGGAUCUACGAUUCGACUAUCUGAGUCACAUGCCUAUCGCGAAUCGCAACUUCACCAUGUUCACAUCAAUGUUCGGCCAUGCCUCAGGCAUGCAUCUCCUCUUCAACAUGUACUGUUUAUACAAUUUUGGCCCUGCUGUUGCUCGAGCGCCCGCUUUCCAAAACAGCGGCUAUCAUCUUGGGGCAUUCUAUCUUUCUUCUGGGGUGCUUUCGAGUUUGGUCACACAGAUUGAGGCCAAGAUACCGUCACGACGUUUUUAUUCUGGUUUGGGAGCUAGCGGAGCAAUCAUGGCAUUGAUCGGCAUUUUCGGCAUGUCUUACCCUAGUGCGCAGAUUGGGAUAAUUCUCCUGCCUGGUUCCAUAGAUGCGCAAUCAGCUCUUGGAUGGAUCGCAGCUUUCGAGACCUACGGAAUGAUCUUUGGUAUUCCUUUUCUCCGAUGGGGACAUUCGGUGCAUCUGGCUGGGCUAGCGAUUGGUGCGGCAUAUGCUCACUUCGAUGGAAAGGGUCAAAUAUGGGAUGGGUCAAGGAGACUGGCCUUCAACCAAAUGCGACGGCUUAACGUGGUAUAAAAACGUGGCGUGGUUUCGCCUCGGGCGCAAAAUCAUAACUAACUCUGUGUAAGAUAAAGAGCAAUGGUGGAUCUCAAAGUCUAGGGGCAGUCUAGUCGUUUGAUGAUAGAUGCCUUGAUCGGUUUUGACUUUGAUCGAGAUCUGUAAGAGAAGCAACCUGUGUUGUAAGUAAGCGAAGCAGAGAAUGUGCGUUCAAUUCACAUCUUCGCCAGCAUGUCCCAUAUGGCACGUCUUUCAAGUCGACUCAAAACAGCAUUCCAUAUAAUAUAUACAUUAAGUUU